AUGCCAAUCUAUGUACAACUCCGAACUGUGAUCUACUGCUGGUGCGCCAUUCUCGCCGGGUUCCCACGCUCGCUUCCACAGGGGAGUCGAUUAAUCAACACUAUUCGAGUUUCUUGGUUCACAAUUGAAAAGAAACAAAUGGUUAAUUUAUCCUAUCCGGCCGAUGGGGCCGGCCCAACGAUUGUCGUCGAGCUCAAAUCUAAGCCGAAAUCGAGUACGCGUCGACGGUGGGGCAAGCAACAAGAAGCAAGUGACCAAUGUCCAUUGGCGGCACGCAUGGGGCGGUUAGGGUCGGCGCGAGAGGAGGCGCCAGUCGCGGACACGGACACGCUGACGCGAUGGUGCCGCGACCACGGACGGCACCGCAGCAGCAGCGGCGGCGGCCGUGGUGGCGGCGCUAGCCAUUCUUGCGCUUCCUGCGUCUCGCAUCGAGAGACCGACGAGACACCGAUUCCGAGUGUUAUUGCAACACUGUGGUUGGAGGGGCUGCUUGAUAGACGCCACCUGGUACCGCGAUUCCAGAACAAGGGCGUCAUGAAAUCCACGCACGCGUGUGAGAAGAGUAUGCCGCCGGCGGUGCCGCCGUCGACGACGACGACGACGCCCCGUGACCAUCACAGCGAGGAACCGAACCGAACGACGAUGUCAGCCAGCCUCGCCCACCUCACCGAAUGGGCGUGCUCGCACUGA